AUCCGGUUCCCCAUUGCUCACCAUCUAUCCAUCCAUCCAUUGCACAGGAUACGACUAGGCAGCCGGACAGCGGACACUGGCACAAAUGGCGUCUUGAAACGGCGUCAUAGCCAGAAACACCCGCCGUCACAAGGCGCUGAUGCCUCCCAGGGUGCCAGAAGAAAGGUUGACAUAGAACCUACAUUCAUACACCACGCUCACCUCGAUCGCCUUCCCCAUCCAGCAUCCAUCCGGGGCACCUACAGCCGCAAGCUCCGGGGGCGGAUCGAGUCUCCACGCACACUCCCCUGCCUUGCACACAUCCCGCCAUCUACACAACUGUAUUUUGGCUGCAGGAGCACGCGUUGAAGAAAGAGGACUCUGUAGCCACGCAAUUGACGUCUGCCUGGCCAGAGUACAGACGUUCAAACUACGGGCCAUCAUGGACAUCGAUCCGUGCCAGCGUUUGCAGCAGCAAACAUCAAACGUAACACAAGGUCAAAACCAAGGUUAUGCACCACUGAAGUCCGUAGUGAGCAGUGUGCACCUAGCAGCAUCAGCAUUAGCAUCAUCAACAGCAGCGGCGGCGGCGGCGGAACAAAUUACCGUCGACGACGACGCCCACGGCUGGGAUCCAUCGUUCUUUUCCCCCGGCCCGGCAGGCGCCUCCUUCCCUCCGAUGCCACCCGCUGACUUCGAAUGGCUUCAGCAGAACUUUGGAGGUGCUACCGCUGCUGUACCUGCGCUGCCUUCGCAGCAACAACAGCAGCAUGACAUAUACACCGGUGGAGAUGCAUCGGAAGCAGCGCCGACAUCGGUAUCUGGGCCUGCCACCGUUUCUGCUCUCAACCCUACGCGGGCCCCGGUAGACGUUAGCUGUACCACGGAGCUCAUCCCUCCGCCACCUACAGCAGUACCAGCAAACUAUGCCGAGAACGAUGCAUACAUCAACGACGAACUGCAUCCUGAUAAUUUGCACAGCUGCAGCGCAAGGCGGUCCAUCCUUGUAGCGGAAGAAGAGCAGUAUGACCCUACGCGCUCACGGACGCCAUCGCCAAUCCUGGGCGCAACGCAUCUCGAUCUGGACGAGGACACGACCGAAUUUGGCCACCUUGCUUUCCCUGCGCUCGGCCCGUCAACGGAGGAGAUCCGGCAGUUCACAUGUGACCCGCCUGAGCUGGCUUCGUUCGCACGGAACGAAGACCUUCUGCCCGAGGUUGAGGUGCGGAAGCUCGAGCUGCGGCUGAGGGAGAGCUUGCAUCUGCUCGAUGCGCCGUCCGUUGCCUCCUCCUCGUCGUCGUCCAGCGCACAGACGGCGGAAGCUGUGUCGUCGACUGCCGCCCGCAGCAAGGAGGAGAUCGAGAAGCUUGUCAAGCACGUGCGGGCGCGCGAAGAGCAAGCGAACCUGUUGCAGAGCCAGCUGAGCAAGGUGCGCCUCUCAGCUCUCAGCGCGCUCAGCGCGAGCACGAUGCAUGGGCACCGCGCGCUGCACGCCGAGCGCGCGAUACGCGCGCGCGUCGAGGCAGAGAUGCACGGCGUGCGCCAGAACGCACAGAUGCUCGCGCAGAUGCUGCUGCGCGCCGAGCAGCGCUUCGAGCGCCUGUUGCAUGAGCGCAAGGAGGGCAUCAUCGACGAAGUCACCGGCUGGGGCGGCCUCGUGGGUUAUUCUGGUGGCUCGGGCGCUCUACACCAACGGCAGCAGCAGCAGACAGCAGCAUUCUCAUCAUUGUCGUCGGCGCAGGGCAGGAAUAAGUCGGUUUCUUCGCACUCUCGUGCGCAGCAGCAAGCUGAGGAACUGCAGCAACACCAGCAGGAAACACGACGGGAAAGCAUCUGCGAAGCUGACGGAGUGAGCACAUCGGCAGCCACCAGUGCAAAAGUCCCCGAGCAAUCUGUCCAAGACGCUGCACGGGUAGCAUUGGCGAGCGAGCAACAGCAGAAAGAGCAACAAUGCAACGCGGCAGAAAGCGCACGCAGUGCCGUGGAGGGCGUGUCAGGAGGGAAUGACUCAUUACCUUUGCUGGUAGACCAGCAGCAGGAACAACAGUCGACUAGCAGUCCCGACAUUGGAAGAGCGGCCAGAGAGGAUGAUGGCACUGCAGCCGGGCAGACGGAUGGAAGGAGGAGUGCAAUGCUGAAUAACAUUGAUGCUUCCUUUGACAUGGGAGGGCCAAAUUCGCCGCUACCGGCCAUCGUCAAGGAGCGCAACAAGCUGCUGGCCGAUAAGCGCUACCUCAAAGCGCGCGUUAAGGACGCGGAGGCGCAGCUGGGCCGCCUGGAGCACGAGCUGCAGAUGCUGCGCGGCUUCCUCGUCCGCAGUGAGGGUAAGCGCAUCACCGGUGGCGGCGGCGCGGCCGUCGCACUUUGGAACGCUGCCGCGAUUGCCGAUGGCCCUGCGGGCUCGCGCCACCGCGCGCGCGAGAAGGCGCGCAAGAAGAAGGUCGCUGUAAUGGGCGACGCCGAAGCGGAGCACCUGCUUCUCGCGGCCAAGACGCUGAGGGAGAAGGAGCGUCGGCAGGCCAAGGAGGCUGCUGCUACUGCGGCGGCGGAGGAGGAGGAGAUCCGCCGUGCCGUCGCGGCCGCUGCGCUUCCGCCUCUACCCGUCAAGCCUCGGGGGUCCAGAGCGAAACAGCAGCAGCAACAACAGCACCAACAACAGCGGAUAGUCGCGGAUAGGCCUCCGAAGGAGAGGAUCGACAUGUCAGCGCUCGUGAGCGCGCUUCCGCGAAAUGGCAGCGGCAUCGGCGAUGCUGGGCCUUCCAUACCUGCUGCUGCUGCCGAAAGCCCGGCGGGUACGACGGACGUGCUUCGCCCGCCUCAGACGCCCGAGCUCCCAUCCUCAGCCGCAUCGGCGUCUGCGUCACUCAAGCUUGGUUCCGCGACGCCGCGCACGCCGCGCUCCGCGCACCUGCUCGCUUGUAUCACAGGUGCUGUGACGCCAGGAAGUGCCGCGACGGCCCGGCGGCGGCAGAACAUCAGCUCCGCGCGCGACGAUGAGCAUGAAUGCAUAGGCACGCCUGGCGGCGCCAGCAGCAGUGCUAGCGCCUACGCUUCUUCUGGCAUCGAUGGCCUCCUGCAGGCCGCACAGCUCGUCACGCCCGGGGGCACACGCGUGUCCAAUCCGCCGCCGAGGUCGAUGCACCCGCCUCAUAUCCGACCCGAGGAGGACGAGUACUACCCGAAGGGCGCACGGUCUGGCUUUGGAGGUAUGGCGCUCGACGAGACCGUCCUUGGGAUCCGCGGCACCCCCAAGCGUCGCCGUGUCGCGUCUGGCGAGGCAGAGCUGAGAGCUACCGAUGAUUAUGCGGAAGGAAGCAACAGUCUUGGCCACAACAACGUCAAUGGCAGCAACCGCAGGCUAAGGACGAGCACAGCGCCCGAAAGUCUACUUGCGUUCAGUGGCGCCGGCAGCGUCGCGAGCGCCGGUGAAGACGGCGCAUGCCCCGCGUCGCAGCUCAGCGCGCUCGAUUUGCUUGCGGAUCAAGCGGCUGCGAGCCAGCAUCCAAGCCAGAAUUCCGACUGGUCCAAUUCGAGUGCAGAAGACGACGAGGCACGCAACGCCAUGCAGCUUGAUGUGAAGCAGGAAGUAGACGAGCAGCAGCUGCAGCAGCAAGACGACGGGAGCGGUGCGCUCGAUGGCAACAAUGGACAAGCUGGUGUUCAAACUUCACCCGCGCGUGGUCACAUCAAAGCCAAGCUCAAGCGCGGUCCAGAGAUUCCAAAGGAGAAGCGCGUGCCGUACAUUCGUUGGACGGACCCGGAGGAUAGAAAGUUGCGUGCUGCUAUCAAGGAGUACGGCCAAAGAUGGGAACUGAUCUCACGUGCCGUCGGCACGCGCUCGUAUCAUCAAUGCCGCCAGCGCUACCUGCUCAUGCGCCGCAAAGAAGCCGCGCAACAAGGGCACUCGCUCGCGAACCAUCCGCGCCUGGAUGCUGAUCGUGUCGGACCACACUAUGAGGAGCCGCAGUACGAGCACUACUUUGAUGGGGAAGGCGAGGGCGACGAUGACGACGACGAUGAUGAUGAUGAUGGACUUGAGCUUGCUGAGGACGAAGCGGACGAGCGCGGCGCUAGACGUGGAGCUCGCGGAGAAGAUGGCGAAGACGACAAAUGCGACAUCAUUGACCACGGUGUUAAAGGAACGGAUGUUGGCGAUACCACUGUGCGUCGAGCAGGCGGCAGUGGCAGCGGCGCUCCUGCUGCUACUGCUGCGCUUGACGACGAAGAGGACGAGCUCGCUUUCGACGAGGAGCAACUUAAUCAUCUCCCGUUCCAAUCGGCCGCCGUACCGGCGCAUCACCGCCAUCGUAGUCUCUCGCUUGCAACAGCUUUGAUGGCAGGUGCAGCGGACGAGUGAUGUGGAAGAUAGCGUGCGGAACCCGCUCAUCUUGUAGCCCCAUCGUUAGGUACCUGCCAUAGACACUCAGUCAUAUUUUCGAUUGCAUUUGGAUUUGUAGUUUGCUGCACCUUUUUGCAUAUUUGCUGUAGUCACGUCUCACUCGUAUGUGCACAAAAAGAUCGUC